AUGCAUUUUUUUGGACAUGAGGAAAUCAACCUUCUUGAAGUAUAAUAUUGUGAAUUUAAUCCUCUAAGGCAGCAUAGGAUGGAAAACUAGAAUUUAUAUAGUAAUAAUUAGCAUCAUUGACGUCGAAAUAACUUUAAGAAGCUUGUAAGAAAUCAGAUUAUUAUGGCAGAAAUGCCUUACAUUAUGUAAAGAAAUGUUUUAUAUAGGCUGCAUAUAGAGGACAUUAUGAAGUGGUAGAAUACUUUCUAAAUUUACAGUGUCUAGAUUUGAAUUCAACAGAUAAACAAGGUAAUUUAGGGGUUCUAAUGAUUUGAUAGGGAAUUCUGCCCUAAUGUUAGUUUGUGUGAGAGGAUAUAACCAAGAUUUUGACGAAUCAGUAGAGUAGAAUGAUCAUACAGAAUCAAUUGAUUUAAGAAAAUACAAAAUAGCAAAGUUAUUAUUGUAGAGGGGUGCUACCUUAUAUAAUUAUUUGAAAGAUCAUAUAAACAAUCCAUUACAUUGGGCAUGCUAUUUUGGAGAUUUAAAACUUGCUUAAUUAUUAUUGUAUUAUAAUCCAGAUUUAAGUAAAAUUAACAUAUAUAAAAAUAGUGUUGAGAAAAAAUGAUAGACAUUAAUUUCCAAUUGAUAUUGCAUUGACUAACGGAAAAGAUCCAGAACGGUAAAAAUUGAUAGUAAAAUACUUAAUUGUGAAAUUUUUAGCCCAUUUCUUAAAUAGUGAAUAACAAAUAAUAUAAUUAUAAUAGUUGAAUAAAGAUUUAGAAUUUUGUAAUUAAGAAAUAAUUUAAGAUCAUAGAAUUAAUUGUUAAAAAAUGGAUCGAAAAAUAUAUGAGAGUGUAGGUUUAAACUAUUUAUUUUGGGCUAGUGUUCUUGGAGAUUAGGAUUUAGUGAUUCCUUUUUUAAAAUAAUAAUUUUCUGCUUUUGAACCAUCAUAUAAGGGAAGAAAUGCAGUUCAUGCUGCUACAUACUAAGGACAUGAUAAAUUAGUGUAAUUGUUUUUUGAAUAAAAUUAUUGUGAAAAUAAGAAAAUCUAAUGUAAAAAAUUAAUUAAUCUAAUGACAAUUGAAAAACCUUAAACUGCAUUACAUAUUGCUGUUGAACAAGUAUAUACUAUUUAUUAGAAUUUAGAGACAUGAAAAUAUAGUAAACUACUUGAUUAAGUUAGGAGCAGAUCACAAUUUGUAUAAUUUCAGAAAUUAAGCAGCUUUUGUUUCAUCCAGAUCAACUAGAAUUAAAGAACUUAGAUAAACAUUAUUGAAAACAGAAAAAAAUCUUAUUAGAAGUGGAUACAAAUAUGUAUUGGUUGGAUCUAAUAUGAGUUAAAAUUUAGUCAAAUAAUAACUAAAUAAUAUUAAAGAGAAGGUUACAAUUGGAAAAUUCAAGGCAGUUCCUAUAAAAUCAUAUAAUGAAUCAUGCAUUUAUUAUAUAAUUAAGGUUUAAAAUGAACUAAAGAAUGAAGUUGCUCAUAAAGAGAAAAUGAUGAUUUAUAAUUUCACACAAGGGAUUAUCUGCCCUUUUAAUAAAAAUAAAGCUUAUAUGUAUGAAAACUUUCAUCAUUAUCAUGAUUAAUAGAUCAUUUUAACUUUAUUAUAUGAUGAAUUCAAUUUAGAUUAAUUUAUGCAUGAUUAACUAUUGUUAGACCAUUUCCCAUUACAUGAUGAAGAAGAAAAGAAAUAGUUGUAUAAUUAAUGGAAACUUGAAAAAUGGGAUUUAUUGAAAGAACCUUUAUCAUUAUAUUAAAAUAGAUGUAGAACUCCUAGUGCAAUAAAAGCAUACUUUGGAUCAGAAGGAGGAUUUUUCUUUGUAUUUUUAAGUUUUUUUACAACUUGGUUAUUUUUACCUGCUAUUCCAGGUAUUAUGCUUGGAGUAUAUAUUUAUUCAACAAACAAAUAUGAUACUUUAUUUGUACCAAUAUACACAAUAGCAUUGGCUGUUUGGGCAACUAUAUUUUUUGAAUUUUGGAAGAGGAAAUAGAGUGAAACAAUGUUUCAAUUUGAUAUGCAUGUAGAAACAGAACAAAAGAAAAAAAUAUAAUCAUUUUAAGGUUAAUUUUGGAUAGAUGAUGUUACACAUAAGAUUGAAAUACAAUAUUCAAAGAGAGACAAAUGGAAAUAUUAUAAAACUACAUUUCCAUUAAUACUUUUGGCUAUUAUUAUGAUUGCUGGAGAAUAGAUUGCCUAUCAAUAUAUUAUAUAACUUUAAUAAAGAACCACUAAUUUUACUAUAAUCUGCUCUAUAGGUUUAGGGAUCUCUAUAAAAAUUACUAAUGAGAUAUUUAAUUACUUUGCUAAAUUGUCAUUAAAAUAUGAAAAUCAUCAAUAUUAAAAUGAAUUAGAAGAUGUAUACAUUAUAAAAGUAUUUUCAUUCUCAUUUUUAAACUCUUUUGUUAGACUCUUCUAUAAAUCCAUCAUAGAUCCAGAUGCCGAUGAACUCAAUAUAUUGUCAAUUACACUGACUAUUGUUUGGUCAAUUGUCCAUUUAACAAGAUUUACAAUAAUACCUUUAAUUAAACAUCAAAUAAGAAAUUAUUUUCUAAAUAGUUAAUAUGAAUAAUAUAUGUUAAAAAGUUGGAAAAAAUAGUAUGUUUCAUAAAUUGCAAGUGUAUUAGACAAUAAUACUGAAAUUUAAGUAAAUAAAAGUUUUGAUAGAAGUAGUAUAAGUGGUAAAAGAUUUCUUAAAUCAGUUGAAUAAAAUAGAAUUAUGAUGCCAACACCUAAUCAUGUUGAUCAAUUCACAUAUUUUGUAAUUUUAUUCAUACUAUCUCUAAGAUUAUUCAAUUUUGUAUGGUGACUAUGUUCAGUGCUAGUUCUUAAUUGAUUCCAGUGGCCAUUUUAUUAUUUAAUAUCUUUACUAUUGAUAGUCUUCUAUAUGCUUAUAUAACAUUUGUUAAGAGACCUAUAGCAGAGGCUAAAAGAUCAAUUGGUUUAUGGAAUGACAUUCUAUUAAUUGUUGGAUAUAUUGGAACUGUUAUCAAUUGUUUAACAAUUUAUUAAGCAAAUUAAGAUUAAUUAAACAAUUUGAUUGGAGGAUAAAAUAAUUAAACAAAUAAGGAGACUGUAUUUAUAUAUGAUUAUUAUAGUUUGCACUUCGAAACUUUCUUUUGUUGAUUGCUGCUGAACAUAUAGUUAUUGGAUUGAAAUUUCUAAUUGAAUAAGUUAUACCUGAUGAGCCUGUUUGGGUUACAAAAAUGUUGCAAAGAUAAGAAUAUUUAUAUGAAUAAAUGGUUAAUAAAAACUAUGAUAGUGGUUCUUCAUCUUAAAAAUCCAAGCAUGAUUGA